AGAGAGAGAGAGAGAGAGAAAGAGAGAGAAGAGAGGCGCAUGAAACCAUUGUGUGUAAUCAGCAGCAGUGUGCGUGUUCUGCAGUCCGCAGGAAAAUUUUGCGGUUAGGAAACCUGGCAGUCCUGGUUGACUGAUUAGAAUCCAAAGCAGGAGUUGUGGCAUUUAAGAAGUUAAAGCAAACGUCCAAGGAGUGGAUCUACAGACGAGAUGGAGUUGUUUACGCUUGUGUGGCUUUGCCUUCACCUCUUCCUGGCUGUUGAAGGUUACACCGAACACGACUCUCACUCGCUCAGCGUCUCAGUCCCCUACGUCUCCUACGUGUGCCCGGAAGGUGCCAACGCCACGAUGAUUUGCGAACAGUCCGGUGCUAUGAAACACCCAAUGGACCACCUGCAGCACGUCUGGCUCUUCACGGAGCACAUCGACCAGCGGUGCCACAUGCGCCUGCACAACAACCGCACACAAAGUGUGGUAUACAAAGCCCAGGCCACGUCUUUUAGCGUCACGCUGGUCAAUGUGACUCGGGCUAACCAGGGACGUUACUGCUGCCUGGCACUGGACAUGCUGCAGGAUAACAAGCACAAGCCUAUCUUGCAGCAGAGGUCUUACAGUCACAUGAUCCUCACCAUUACGCCAAGUCGCAACGGCAGUUUGACGUGUACACAGCUGCCGCCUCCACCUAACACAGAUUCAUUCACUACAGGUCUGGUUACAGCUGUACUGGUGAUCUGUAUUCUUUGUCUGCCUCUCUUAUUGAUCCUAGUGUUCCGUCAAAAACAAAGACCUCACAGCAGCCGACGUGCACAAGAGCUCGUUCGCAUGGACAGUGAGGCUCAAGGCCACGAGAACCCUGUGUACAUGGCAGGUUCUCCACAGGUUCCGUCUCGCAGCGUGGCUCAGAUUAUGACAAGGCAGUCUUCUGAAACAGGACGCCACCUUCUGUCCGACCCUGGCACCCCUUAUAGCCCAAACCCACAUGGAGAGGUGUUUUUCCCUGCGCAUGAGCCCAUCCCAGAGUCACCCGACUUCCAGUCAUUGUAGGAUGAAGAGACGCUGUCUUUCUCAGCACCACUGAACUGCCCUGCACUUUCCUUUCUUUCCAUCUUCUUCGCCACCCUCACCUACUCUGUGAUCAGAUGGAUCUUUGCCCCCACCAUGUCCUUCUACACACACAUGGUUUGCUCAUCUAAAGCUCAUCUAAAUAUGUGGUAAGGUGGGGGAGAGGCAUUCUUUUUCAGCACACAGACUGGAAUGUUCCAUAACCUGGAGGUAUCAGAAGGAGGUGAUAAUCAGAACCACUGAGAGAAUGCAGCUACUCACUGGUUAAAUCCAAUUUCUUCUCUGGUCUCGUCUUCGUUUUUUUGUAAUUUUUCCUGAACAAUGAGACAGAAAAACUGCUCCAUCCUCAAUCGGCCUUUGCCUGUCUGGUGCUUUUUGUAGAACACAUGGUUUCAUGAUUUUUAAGUGUGUCAGACCUCACCAGGUGGUAAAGCGUAUUUUUGGCCAAAACGAUGACGACUGCUAAAAAAAAACUACAAAAAAGAUGAAUUAAUAGAAUUUAUACAUUAAUUAUAGGUCCUUAAUUCAGAUUUAUACAGUUUUAUAUAGAUAUAUAUUUUAUAUAUUGCUGUUUGUGAGAGAAAAAUGAUCCUUCAGCUGGCCCUGAAUUCAAACUCCCAAACCCAAAAUAGUUAAUGGAAUCAGUGUGGAUGUAAAUAUGUAUGUAUAGAUAGAUAUAUGUAAGGAUGGAUAGAUGGAUGGAUGGAUAGAUGGAUCAAGAGAAAGAAUUUAGGAAUCCUAUUUCUCUGUAUAUUUGAGACAAUGAAAAUGAUAAAUUAUAUUCUGCACUGUAUAUGACUUGUCUAUAAAUGCCUUAAGUAGCCAUUAUUAUGUGUACGUGUUUUAAAUGCUGUAAAAGAAUAUUUGUUCUCCUUUUUUAUACAAUAAAAAAUAAAAAAUGA